AUGCCUACCAAAUACUAUGGCGACCGUCCACAGGCAUUCUCAAUCGAUGAAACCGGCGAGCGUUAUUACAUCGGAGCCGAGGUUGGACAAUACAUGAAAUUCCAUCGUGGAUCACUCUACAAGAAAUUUCCCCAAUUAUGGAAACGUUUCGCAACAUUGGAUGAAAAAAGGAAAAUGCAAGAGAUGGCAUGUCCGUCGUCAUUUCUCAAUACCAAUAUUAUGCUCGUGAAAGCAAGCGAAGUGGAUGAAAUUUUGAAUGGAAAUGAUGAAAAGUAUCGAGCUAGUGGCGGUGGAUCAACGGCAAAUCUGACAUCUUGCGGAUCUGGAAUCCUAAAUGGAAACUCCCCAUCUGGAACAGGACCAUGGCUUGGCCAACAGGUGAGCAGUGGUUCGCAUCAUCUGGAAUCAGUACCGUGCUCUACACCUGUGGCGCAUGCACGUGGACACAUGAAGACGAGAGAUUACGCUUACUCGCCGGAUGAUUUGGAUAUGUAUAAACGUGUAUUGGAAAACGCAGAUCAACAAGAAGAUCUUGUACCGAUUAGACUUGAUAUGGAAUUGGAAGGAAUCAAACUUCGAGAUACGUUUUGCUAUAAUCGAAAUGAAAAGUUGAUAACACCAGAAAUGAUCGCGGAAACAAUGUGUGAUGAUCUGGAUUUGCCGAUGGGUACGUUCCAUGCGGCCAUCGCGCAGGCAAUACAUCAGCAAAUUGAGGUAAGCUCA